AUGGUCAAAUCCUUCAAAGAACCUGUUACCGCCCUUACCACACUCCUCGCCUUCUCCGUUAUAUCAUCUCCAUUAGUCUAUGGUGCUCCAGCGCCAGUUCCAGAAGAUGAUACCCCCGAGAUAAUCGGCAACCCGGGCCUCAGCUCCCACAGCUGGUGCGCAGAUAACCGUGAAGAAGUCUUCCGUAUCGAUAUGCAGCAGGAUGAACAGAAGAUGUCCGACGCAAUUCCUGUUGACACAGGAAUCUAUACAAUGCCUAAUAGUCCUGGACAAGAUAAAGGAAAGGAUCCUAUGGCGUCGGGCAAUGUUUCACCAGUUAUCGUUGACGGAGGGAUCCCAGCUACCAAGGUUACGCGAGAGGAACAUAAGGAAAAAUCAUUCCUCGUCAAUGUGUUCGAAAGGUUCAUUAAGCGACAGGGGAUUCAGCCUUCAAAUCCUUGCCGUCAUCCUAAUCCUAUCUUCCCUGAUGAAGGACCACCAAGUCACAUUGAGGGGUGCAAUCAAGAUCCCCUGGAUCCAGCAGGGUUUUGCCCUCGCAAAGCAGAGAAUGCAGAUUGUACAUAUUUCUGCGAGGAGCGUCGUGAUUACUUUUACGGCAAGGAACAAAGAUGGCUCCCGGCCCAAGAAAUAUUUCCCUAUCCAGAUGCUCCUCCCGUCACAAUCGGCAAAGGUGAAAUGAUAAGCCUAGGUGUCGGUAUCGACUAUAGAUUUCAAAUCACUCUUCCCGUUCUCAGCGUUGGUCUUGGUGUGACACUUCAGAAAUCCUGGACCUGGACGAAUACUAGGGCAUAUUCGGCUCCGAAGUGGGAUGUCUUGCAUCCAUACUGCGCUUUCUUCACCUUUAUUCCAAAAAUGGUGAGGAGCUGUGGCACUGUGAGCAAGUGGCCAAAGCGUGUUUUGUGGCAGCCUAUGGGAGCAUACACAGAGGUGUGCAACUUCGGUAGGAAUCCAGAGACUAUAAAGGAUGCUUGCGUCGAGUUCCCGUGGCGAAAUGCAAAGGACGAGGUCGAGGGUGUUCUUAUGCUUGUCAAGGUCGAAUGCGGUAACGAACAAACACUUGCACCACCAUGUCAGCAAGAUAAAAAGUUCCUUCUCAAUGGAGUAAUGGAUGAGACUCUUAAUCAUUGGAAUAUGUCUGACCCUGAGACGCAAAGAUGGUUGAAAUCUCAAGGGAAGCUUAAGUUCUAG